GCCUGCGGGAAGAGAUUGAUGCGGGCAAACAAGCAGUGGGAGGAGCAGACCGUGAAGCAACGUCUGAUGGCAGAGCGGGAGUUCGAGUUUAAGCUGGCAUCACAAAAGCGGCGGUACGAAGAGCAAAUCGAGGAUCUCAAGGAUGAAAUCGAGGAACUCAAAUCUUCCUCAAGCAAAUCCGACAGUAUGGACGAAAAGGAGGAUGAGCCCAAUGCGUCCAUAGAAAUACUCGAUGAUGAAUAGUACAUGUUAUAUUUGCCAUCUUGUAUUUUUAAGGGUUUGUUAUAGUCUAAAUAAAAUCACUUAUGAAUUCAA